AUGGGAGAUGAGAAUAUGCCACGACAGACCUGGAAGCUAGGAAGGGUUCAUGAACUGUUUCCAGGGCGUGACGGGAAGAUGCUACAGGAUUGUUCCAAGGCCCGCAGGGAAGUGGAGCUUCACUGGAGGGCAUCACCUUGUUCCAACAUUGUGCGUAUCAUUGAUGUUUAUGAGAACCUCUAUCAGGGCAGGAAGUGUCUGCUUAUUGUCAUGGAAUGCAUGGAUGGUGGUGAGCUCUUUAGUCGAAUCCAGGACAGAGGAGACCAGGCCUUCACAGAGAGAGAGGCUUCUGAUAUCAUGAAGAGCAUAGGCGAGGCUAUCCAGUAUCUACACGGAAUCAACAUUGCCCACAGAGAUGUCAAGCCAGAGAAUUUACUGUAUUCCUCAAAGAGACCCAGUGCCCUGCUCAAACUCACAGACUUUGGCUUUGCCAAGGAGACCACCUCGCACAACUCUUUAGCUACUCCCUGCUAUACACCCUACUAUGUUGCUCCGGAGGUUCUCGGCCCGGAGAAAUACGACAAGUCAUGUGACAUGUGGUCGCUGGGUGUCAUCAUGUAUAUCUUGUUGUGUGGGUACCCUCCAUUUUAUUCUAACCAUGGUCUAGCCAUCUCUCCUGGAAUGAAGAAGAGAAUCAGGAUGGGCCAGUAUGAGUUUCCCAACCCAGAAUGGUCUGAUGUAUCAGAGGAAGCUAAGCAACUGAUUCGGACUCUUCUAAAGACUGAGCCCACUCAAAGGAUGACCAUCACAGAGUUCAUGAAUCAUCCCUGGAUCAACCAGUCAAUGGAGGUUCCCCAGACCCCUCUUCACACCAGCCGGGUUCUGAAGGAAGAGAAGGACGCAUGGGAGGAAGUGAAGGAGGAAAUGACCAGUGCCUUGGCAACAAUGAGAGUUGACUAUGAGCAAAUCAGAAUCAAAACCAUCGAGGACGCGACCAAUCCACUGCUAACGAAAAGGAGGAAGAAAGCCAAUAAUGCUGCAGCUAAUGCAAAAUCUGCUGCUCAUUGAAAGAUGCAUGCAUGCAUGCACAUACACAGGUUAAGAAAAGGAAGCAAUAAUUUGUCGACACGUGAGUUGCAUUGCAUGGAUUUUUUUUUUCUCAGUGUUUUAUUUUUCACAAAAAAUCCUAAUGUUUUGUAAGAGUGUUUUGUUUUUAUUACGCUACCAUUUUAGCAAACGUAUCACUCUGCCGCAGCAGAGAGCACGUUGAUCUGCAUUUUUACACCACUCGAGAGAUUAUGAAAUUUAGAAAAGGUGAGGAGAGGAAAUCGGCGCAAUCCUCUCGCCUCUCCUGUCCUGAAUGUCAGGUUGUGUACUCAGAGGGGCUUGAAUGUUGGAAUAGGAGAUGUUAACCUUAGCAUUAGCAGUAGUUAUUUUACACCCCUCCACAACCCUGCUCCAGCUCUAGCCCCAAACCUGUGAAUGUUAACUCUGAUGGCUAAAUCCCAAAAAUAAACACAACAAAACAAAAAAAAAAACCACAAGGGAAGGUUUAGUUUUUCUUACACACAAAAUAAGCAGAUUUAUUUUGAACUGACAAGAGGAAUGUAAAGACUCUGUCCCUGAUUGUUGGAAUUAGCUGGAAGUAGUUGCUAGUUUCUGGGAUUCGGAGUGUAUGUCAGGUUCAGUUUGUCUUUAUGAAUGUCGAACACAGGCCUAUGCACUCUCACAAGAGCCGUUCUGACAAAACCUCACUCGUGGCCCCCCUCUCUCCUGCCUUUAUCUAUGCUUGAUUUUCAGGUACCCAGUUUUAGGGCAGAGAAGGAAUCCAGAUUAAAAUAUACUGGCUCGUCUUUGUUCUACAUGUAGCUCAUAGGAGAGUUGGAGGUAACGGAUACUGUACUUUUGAACGUUUUAGCAUAGGCCUUACUGAGUACUGCCAAAUCAGCAAAUGACUUUUAACCCCUACUUACCGUUUGGUUCAAGCUUUUACCAAUGUUAUGCUUCAGAAUUUAAAAGAUUGCCAAUUGUAUUCCAGGUUAAUGCUAUGCAGAUGUUUUUUGUCAUCAAAUUACGAGUGAUUUCUGUUUGCAGAUGUUUUGAAGAGAUGUUCAGCAAAUGUAGGGAGUGCUUGUGUCUUUAUGUAAGCAGUAGCAUCCCUUUGGGAGUACCGAGUGCACACUGAUCAUUUACAGUUACUGUUCGUAGGUCUGACGUCAAGAUAUGCUCAGCUUGACUUAUUUGGUGCAGCUCCAUUCUGAUCCAUCAAUUCUCCACACUUCAUGGAAAAUUCCUAAAGUAUUUUAAUAGCCGUUCCUCAUCCCUGAGCACAGUCUGACUUACCACCAGCAUCGGGAUGAAUAUGUCGUGACAUUCAAAAAAGUAUAACGGUCUCUUCUUCUUCUUAAGUGUUGGGUUAGAGCAGCAGGACACUUACCAGCUCACUUUGGAUCAUGGGAAUUUGUUAAUUUUGUCAGUUUGGUUCACUUCACUUUGUAAGAUCACAUCCACUUCAUCUGUUGCGUUGCACCUAGAAAUUUCUUUAAAAAAAUUUUUGUGAAAUGUUUUGAUGUUACUUUUUUUUUUUUUCUUCAUGUUGCUCUCAACACGUUUUUGUAAUGGAAACAGAUUUGUCCGAGUCUGUUCAGCUGCCGUGCAUUUGUCUGCUUCAGCUCUGGAUUAAAGAAAACAUAAAACACAAA